CGCGGGGCUCGGCUCGCGCGCGGCCCCCUCCUCCCACGGCGCGCCGGGAAUGGUCCGUCUCGCCGCGCAAGCGCCCUAGGCGCCUCACGCCCCCCUGCGCUCGCUCCUGCCCUACUUGCGGCGCAGGCGCGAGGCCCGGGCGUGCAGCCGCCACCCACCGCCGGGCCGGAGCGGGGGCCGCCGACGACCCGUCCCUCUACCUGCCAGCAUCCCGUAUUAGAAGACUCUGUGGCCGGAGAGCUGGCCGGGGAGGGACACUGCCCAGCUGCUGCUCUUCUGCUGUCUCCCGUCCCCUCCCCUGGCCAUGACAGAGACCCGUGAGCCAGCUGAGACCGGGGGCUACGCCAGCCUGGAAGAAGAUGACGAAGACCUCUCCCCAGGCCCCGAGCACUCCUCGGACUCUGAGUACACCCUCUCAGAGCCCGACUCCGAAGAGGAAGAAGACGAGGAGGAGGAGGAGGAGGAGACCACGGAUGAUCCUGAGUACGACCCGGGCUACAAGGUGAAACAGCGCCUGGGGGGCGGCCGGGGCGGCCCCUCCCGCCGGGCCCCGCGCGCAGCCCAGCCCCCGGGCCCCCUGGCCCAGCCCUGCCAGCUCUGUGGCCGCUCCCCGCUGGCCGAGGCCCCGCCGCCGGGCACCCCGCCUUGCCGGCUCUGCUGCCCCGCUUCGGCCCCGCAGGAAGCCCCCGCGCCCGGAGGCAGGGCCCUCGGGGAGGAAGAGGAGCCCCCUCGGGCUGGGGAGGGCCGGCCCGCCGGGCGGGGGGAGGAGGAGGACGAGGACGAGGACGAGGACGAGGAGGGCACCUACCACUGCACGGAGUGCGAGGACUCCUUCGCCACCCUGGGCGAGCUGCACGGGCACUUCAUGCUGCACGCGCGCGGGGAGGUGUAGGCCG